CAUACUAUAGAUAUUUGUUUUAUUAACCAACAAUGGGGGAAGAAAAUCUACGUAAGGGUCCUUGGUACGAAGAGGAAGAUGAACGGCUCAAAACUUUUGUCACGGUUUUGGGUGCACGGCGAUGGGAUACAGUGGCUAAGAUAUCAGGGUUAAGUAGGAGUGGGAAAAGCUGUAGGUUAAGAUGGUUGAACUAUCUUAGACCUUGUCUAAAGCAUGGCUCUAUAACUCCACAAGAGGAGUUGCUAAUACUUCAGCUACAUGAGAGAUGGGGUAACAAAUGGGCUAAGAUUGCUCGAAGAUUACCAGGAAGAACUGACAACGAGGUAAAGAAUUACUGGAGAACUCAUCUGAGGAAGAAAAUGAAAAUGCAAAUUUCAAUUUUGAACCACUCAAUCUCAUCCCCUACAUGUAACGUUUCAUCGUCGAUAGAAACAUCUUCAAGUGAGGAAACAAACAAUUAUUCCAACCAGUUAGAUGUGUUGAUCCAAGAAGGCAAUAUGAUCACUCCACAAAUAAGUAGUAACAAUCCUAACACGAAAUCUACCGAUGAAAACAUUGAAGCCGUAACUAGUCAUUAUUAUGUUGAUUGUAAUGACAAACUGAAGGGACUAACUGAUUGUAUGAACACAAACUCGUCCUAUGCAAACCGAUUAUCCGAUUUUAUGAUAGCAAGCUCGCCCUACGAAAACCGGGUAUCGGAUUGGUUGAACACGGUAUUAAGGGAUGUGGAUCAAACUGAUAAAUACAAUCCAGGUUGUUGCGAGAUUAGCUAUGGUUUACCAGAUUUAAGUUUACAUUAUCCAACGACGUGGUGUAUUGAAGAUGCAAGUGCAUGGGAUUUCCUAGAUACCACGUGGGAUAUGGAUUUGUUCAAUUAAUGUAAAUCAUCUGUACUUUUAUUUAUACUAGGGUGACUAACACGCACGAUGCGCGCACCAUAAUUAGUCUUGUUUGGGAGGUUUUCAGUUGUUGGUUACAUUAAUGAGGAAAAAUAUAUAAACAAAUAUUUUACGGGUAUAAUUGUCCGUACAUUAUUCUAAUUAGUUUUUUUUUUUUUUUUUUUUUUUUUUU